CGCUGAGGCGGUGCCUGGUGCCACUGGUGCGUUUAUCAAAUUAGUCUCCCGGUCUUGGCUCGGGCACUUGACUUGCCUGACAUCGAAUUCUGAUAUAGAUGUCCCAAGGACCCUGAGGGCAUCGAUCAUCGCAGACGUACGCCUUUCCCGGUAUCUUCGUAUCCAUUUUGACCAAAGCUUGGGUUGCUUUCUUAUUCACGCUUCGAUAUGGCGCUCGCGUCCAACUCGCGUGAGCGGUCACAACAGGCCGCUAUCGUUAGCGUUGCCACGUCCUUCACCGCUGUGUCUGUUAUCCUUGUUGCACUUCGUUGUUACACUCGCACUGUUCUGUUGCGGAACAUGGGCAAAGAUGACUGGGCCAUGGUAGCCGCCGUUUUCUUCACUCUCAUAUACCUUGUCGAGUUGUGGAUAGCGCGUGAAAACGGAAUGGGCCUCAGUGGGGCCAAGUUAAGCCUCACGGAGAUGGAGAACAUGAUCAAGGCCACCGUUGCGAUUCAGUUCACAUAUUACUUCAUCGUCUUUUCCAUAAAAGCGUCAAUCCUCUUUCUGUACCUGCGAUUCGCGUCGCACAGAACUUUCGAGCGAGCAUGCAAAUUCACCAUCUGGUUGAUGGCCGUCUUCACCGUCAUCUGCCUCGUCGUAGUCGCGGUACAAUGUGUGCCGCUCAAGAAGUUGUGGGAUUUCGUCGGCACGGUAGAGGGAAAGUGCACAGUCAAUCCCACCGCAUUUUUCUACUUUACCUCCUCCUUCAACAUCGUGACCGACAUCUGGAUCAUCGCACUCCCCAUUCCUAUCCUCCUCAGCAUCCAGCGCCCGCGCCGCGAAAAGGUCGGCCUGCUUGGAGUCUUCCUCCUCGGUGUCAUCAGCUGCAUCGCCUCCAUCGUCCGCCUGCAUUCGAUCCGCGUGUACACGGAAUCCAAAGACCCCUUCUACGACGGCGUGCCCAUCAACCUGUGGAGCAUGAUCGAAGUCAACGUUGGCAUCUGGUGCGCCUCGAUCCCCGCCCUCAAGGCCCUGAUCAGCCGCUCCCAGCGCGAGAGGACGCGGGGUACAACGGGGAGCGCGGGAUACAAGUAUCACAGCAGGGACAAGAGCGGGACAGGGAGGAUCCCGGCCUCCAUGAAGAACCUGACGGCCGCAGCGACCCAAACGGAUAGGUCAAGAGGGACCCAGAACACCCAUGUCGAAACGUACGAUAUGGAUGCCGUUGUCGAUCAGAAUGGCAUCAACAAGGAGGUGGAGUAUACGGUCGAGAGGAGCGAUGCCGCGAGUUCAGGGCCGUACGAUCCGCGCGCCGGGUCGAGCCAGGAGAAUAUCGUGCUGCCUGGGGGAUAUAGUGGCCACGUUUGAAGGGUGGGAGACGUUCAU